AACCAAACUCGCCUACCUUCUUUUUACCUGAGUUCUUUACUGGUUGCCCUGAAGGGGAGUGAGGUUGGAAUUGCUUGUUGCUUGGUUGGUUAGCGACGAGGCCAUGGUCAAAGCAGACUCGGCUAGUCCAGUCCAGUGAUCCGAGCUGCUAGGAGCUUGUCGUUGUUGCAGUCUGAGAGUGAACGCGAGGCAGCGCAUAGUGUGUUGUUGUUAAUGGGCAAUGACAGAACUGAAUUCGUUGUACGAUAAGUGACGAGCUCUUAAUGUGGCGCGGGUACAGUUACAGAGUCCAACACCGGUGCUGUCAGAUUUAAUGAGUGAGUUGAGUGGUGGUUCGUGAGUACGCGCGCCCAUGGAGCCCCAACUUCAUCCGCGGCUAGUUCUCGUGACGUACGUGUUAAUGCAGUGAAACCCGGCAGAAAUAGUGAAAGAUGGUACGCGAGUGGUAAUUACAAAGAUCGUUGAGGAAAUAAUGGUAGAUAGUAAUUAUGCGAACAGGCGGUUAUCACGUACAUUAACAUUUUCAUUCACAAUGCAGGUCAGCCCAGUGGUUUUUACGGUGCUGCUAGGAGCCAUCUUUGGCGUUCUAUCGGCGUCGCUCAGUAAGGCACUGAGAUACCAGGCGCCUGACGAGUGCAAGUGGGUGGUGCUUAAUGCGAACGGCGGCGGUGGUGAAUUCUCGAGAGCGGGUGGUAGUGACGGGAGCAGCUUCGACGAAGACGUUGCUCUCGUUUGUCGAUUACGAACAAUUAACAGUGAACUGGAGAACACAAAUUUUAGCGUGAUACAGCCCCAGCACACGGUGCGCCUAAGGCUUGAGUGCAGUGACAUCUUGUUCUUCCAGAGUUCACUCAGCUCCGGGAGUUUCAGGCCUCUUGUGGAACUAAGGGAUCUUGCCAUCGAGUACUGCAAGAUCGGAAACCUCUCGGCAGGGGCGUUUCGAGGCCUCCGGGAACUUCGCAAUCUCACGGUGCGUACACAUAACACGGACUGGUCUGCGAUGACACUUGAAGUGGAUCCUGAAGCCUUUACCGAAGAACUGGGACUUCUAGAGCGUCUAGAUCUAGGUGAAAAUAACAUGUGGAGUGUUCCUGACGGCGUGUUCUGCCCGCUCCACAGUCUAGAAACACUUAAUCUUACCAGAAACAGACUUCGCGACGUGACUGGGUUUCGGUUCGGCGGAUUAGUUUCUUCAAACCUUAAUCCCUCAGAGCGCUGUGGUGGUAACCUGAAAAAUCUCGACCUCUCCAAUAACAGUAUCGAUUCCCUUCCUCCUGCAGCGUUUUCUGGCCUAUCGCGACUACAGAAGUUAAACCUACAGGGAAAUGGAGUAUCGUUCCUUGCCGACAGGGCUCUGGAAGGGCUGGUCUCUCUCACUAUCAUCCGUCUUGCAGACAAUAAACUAGGCAGUCUCCCGCCCGAAUUAUUUGCAGAUACUCGUGACAUAAAGGAAGUCUACCUACAAAACAAUUCCAUCAAUGUCUUGGCGCCUGGGUUGUUCAACGACUUGACACAGCUACUUGUAUUGGAUUUGUCACAAAAUGAACUGACAGCCGAAUGGGUGAAUACUGCCACGUUAACAGGCUUGGUGCGCCUUGUUGUGCUUGAUCUGUCACACAAUCGCAUAGCCAAGUUGGAGCCAGCUGUGUUCCGGGAUCUAUAUAGCCUCCAGAUAUUGCGACUGGAAGAUAACGUCAUAGAAACUGUGCCAGAAAACACAUUCUCUUCAUUAUACAACCUCCACACUUUAAUCCUUUCCAACAAUAAAUUAGCCGUAAUCGACAGUUACACUUUCAAUGGCUUGUACGUUCUCAGUCUCCUAUCAUUAGACAACAAUCUAAUCCAGUCAAUCCAUCCAGAGGCAUUAAAAAACUCGUCCAGUCUUCAGGAUUUCCAUUUGAAUGGCAACAAAUUGUUUGAAGUUCCUACAGUACUGAACGACGUGCCUCUUCUCAAGACACUUGACCUCGGAGAGAAUCACAUCGCAAACAUUGCCAACUCCAGCUUCGGCUCGAUGCAACACAUGUACGGCCUUCGCUUGACCGAAAAUAACAUCGGCAACAUCACCAAAGGCACAUUUGAAAAAAUGUCUGCCCUUAAAAUCCUGAAUCUUUCUCGCAAUAAAAUACAGAAAGUUGAACCAGGUGCCUUUGAUGCCAAUGUCAAUCUUCAGGCAAUUCGACUGGACGGCAACCAGCUCACCGACAUCGACUCGCUCUUUACGAAGCUGCCCAGUCUCAUCUGGCUCAACAUAUCUGACAACCAGCUCGAAUGGUUCGACUACGCUUUGAUUCCUACGGGCCUGCAGUGGCUGGACAUCCACGCAAAUCGCAUCGCUGAGCUUGGCAAUUACUUCGAGAUAGAGAGCCAACUUCAUCUGAGCACAUUUGACGCGAGCUCUAACAAGCUGACGGAAAUCACUGGAAGCGCCAUUCCCGACAGCGUGGAGAUGCUGUUCCUCAACGACAACCUCAUUUCAAAAGUACAGUCCUACACAUUCUUUAAGAAACCCAACCUCACCCGUGUUGACCUCUUCGGCAACAAAAUAACCAGUCUAAAUCCUAACUCCCUUCGCAUAUCAGCUGUUCCUCCACUUCGAGGUCUGCCGGAGUUCUACAUCGGUGGCAACCCCUAUCAGUGCGACUGCACCAUGGACUGGCUGCAGAGGAUUAACAUGGAGAAUCGAGCAAGGAACCAGCCACGCCUGAUGGACCUGGAGAGCAUAUACUGUAAGCUUCUAUACAACCGCGGGCGCACGUACAUCCCCCUUGUGGAAGCCGCGCCAAAUCAGUUCCUAUGUCGCUACGAUUUUCACUGCUUCGCCCUGUGCCACUGCUGCGACUUCGACGCCUGUGACUGCGAGAUGACGUGCCCCACUAAUUGCACGUGUUACCACGAUCAGUCAUGGUCUGCUAAUGUGGUGGACUGUGCAGGGGCCGGCUACAUCGAUCGUCUUCCUGAUCAAAUUCCUAUGGACGCCACGCAGCUGUACUUGGACGGCAAUGAUAUCAGAGCAAUAGGCAGUCACGCCUUUAUUGGAAGACGGCGGCUCAAAGUUCUCUUCAUGAAUGCGUCAAAUAUAGAAAUAAUACACAAUAGGACAUUCAAUGGACUGAAAGAACUCGAGUUGUUGCAUGUAGAGGACAACAGAAUCCGCGAGUUAAAGGGUUAUGAGUUCGAAGGCCUAGAGAGCCUACGAGAACUGUACAUACAACGAAACAAAAUCACAUCCAUCCAUAAUUCGACAUUCAUGCCUAUGAGAGAGCUUAGGGUACUACGGCUGGACCAUAAUCGCAUCAAACACUUUUCUGUUUGGCAACUGUCAUCCGACCUCAACGAUAUUCGCCUGUCCGCUAAUCCGUGGUCGUGUGAGUGCGAGUUCACGGACAGGUUCCGGGAAUGGAUACAGCACGCCGGCGAAACUAUCGGAGACCUGUCUUCGCUUCGCUGCGUCUACAACAACAAUAAUGGAACGGAACCCGAGGACGGCGAAGACAUGGAGGAAGGCGAAGUGGAGGACGGGUAUUUCUUGAUCUCGGACAAGAACUCCACAUGCUUCGGUGCCAUAGACAACGCCAUCAAUGGCAACUACACCUCUACCAAGACAAUCAUCCAGAGCCAGGCCAUUCAGGAUUACCUUCCCCUCCUCAUUGCUACCUUGUGCGCGUUUCUUAUUGUUAUUGCCACCACUUUAGCCGUAUUCAUUUUCCGGCAAGAAAUGAGAGUUUGGUUCCACUCUCGGUUCGGUAUUCGGCUCUUCUAUCGCAGAAACGAUAUCGACCGUGAUGACCGUGACAAGUUAUUUGACGCGUUCGUUAGUUACAGCUCCAAGGAUGAGGCAUUCGUCGCCGAGGAGCUGGCGCCCAUCCUAGAACACGGCGAUCCACCGUACAAACUGUGCCUCCACUACCGCGACUUCCCCGUCGGAGCGUUUAUCGCUGACACUAUCGUACAGGCCGUGGAAUCGUCCCGGCGGACAAUCAUGGUUCUCUCAGAGAACUUCAUCAAAUCUGAGUGGUGCCGGUUCGAGUUCAAAUCUGCGCAUCACCAAGUGUUGCGAGACCGAAGACGAAGGCUUAUCCUCGUCCUCCUCGGAGAAGUGCCGCAGAAAGACCUGGACCCCGACAUCCGGCUGUACCUGAAGACGAACACGUACCUCCAGUGGGGAGACAAACUAUUCUGGGAGAAACUGCGAUUCGCUCUGCCAGACGUCCCGAACAACCAGAGAACUCGCAAUGCAACGCGUAAUAGUAACAACACGAACAACAGCAACCACCAUCACGUGGUGCAUCAUCACGUCCACCGUCACAACAACCACAACCACAGCCACCCGAACAACACGUCCGGUGCGUCUAACACGACGAACACGACGCCCAGAUCCGUCGCCAUCCACAUAUGAGUGUGAUGCUGUGUAGUGGUGCUUGGUGCCAAACCAUAAAUGCUAGUGAUUUCCAGAUCAAAUUAUUGCAUCAUACUCUUGUGUGUAAAUAUGUUACAAAGUGUAAUUUAGUGAUCCGUUUCAACUUGUGUAUAUCUGUUGUGACAUCCAAAGCGGUGACUGUGUUUUUUUUUAUAAAUACGAUAACCACGCAGAUCAAAACAAAUGCAGGUAUAUAAACACCGCCCAUCAAAAUACUACAACUGUGUAUAAUAAUUCGGAACAAUGUGCUGUGAGCGAAAUAAUUUAUUUUACUUUAUUUUCUUCUCUUUCUUAUUCUAUCCAAGAAGUUUAUUACAAACAUUGCUUUAUGGUGCUAUUCGGCUUCCACAUUUCAUCAGUCGCCCGCUACGAGUGUAAGGUAAAAGAAUUUUCUUGUCUUAUACUGGUACGUAACACUGCAGCAUAUUUGGUAACAAAGAAAUGCUUUCUCGAUGUUACUUCUAUUUCUGUAUUCUCAAUAUUUACUCGUGUUUUGAGGUGAACGAUGAACAGUGAACAGUAGCAUAAUCGUUUAUGAUUUUGUUGUACUUAUAAAGACGCUGAUUUACGAACUGGCACACAGCAGACGUGUGACAUGAAAUUUAUUGUAAAUACAAAGUGCCUUGCUAUUGUGGGAUUAAAGCGGCUAAUAAAAUCCCCUCAUUAUUAUGAAA